CCCUUCAUGACUCAGAGGCUUUUACAGGAGCAGCAGGAGUGACAGCUCAAAGCUGUCCACGUCAACACUGAGCAGCAGCAGCGCGAUGGAGUCCGGGGCUCUGCAACCAUCUCUGUACACAGUAAAGGCAAUCUUCAUCUUGGAUAAUGAUGGAAACAGACUGCUUUCAAAGUACUAUGAUCCAGAGCUCUACCCCUCUAUGAAGGAGCAGAAGAACUUUGAGAAGAAUGUCUUCAACAAGACACAUAAAACAGAUAAUGAAAUAACCUUCCUGGAGGGCAUGACCAUCGUCUACAAGAGCAGCAUAGACCUGUUCUUCUAUGUGGUGGGCAGCGCACAGGAGAAUGAGCUGAUGUUGAUGGCGGUACUGAACUGUCUGUUUGAGUCACUCAAUCAGAUCCUGAGGAAAAACGUGGAGAGGCGAAGUCUGCUGGAUAAUAUGGACGGAGUCUUUCUGGUGGUGGAUGAGAUUGUUGAUGGAGGGGUGAUCCUGGAGAGCGACCCUCAGCAGGUAGUGGAGAAGGUCAACUUCAAGGCUGAUGACAACCCUCUAUCAGAGCAGAGUGUGGCCCAGCAUAUCACUGAGAAACUGGCUCUCACCACUAAUGUGUUACAAUCUGCAAAGGAGCAAAUCAAGUGGUCAAUACUGAAAUAAUCUCUGUUGCCAAGAGUCUGGAGUUGUAAAUGUUCUGAAGGCAUUGAGGAAAGCAGUUGUAUUUAAGCUAUGCAGCUUUAUGUGUGUUUUUUUAGGCUAAUUAAUUGUGGAAUUUGUUGUUGGUGUAGAUUUUGUUUUGUUUUUAAGCCAUUUAAAAUGAAAUCCUUUGUUAAACAGAAUUCAAUGUUUGGAAACUAAAGAGAAAGCUCACACAAUUUGAGCUUCAGGGCAAUUUAAGUCUGUUAAAAGUUGUGGUCAGUAAAGGCUGAUCUGGUUUGCACUGAAUAUUUUUACCACGCCUGCUUGAAUCUGCCCUAGAUAACAGACUAGAGGUUUAUUCAGCUGUAAAGACUUGUACUCAUGUCUGCAUGGCCUUUGUGUCAAACUCCAUGUAAAAUCCAUGUAUUUAUUAUUUUUAAUUAAGUGUAAUUAGAACUAGGGCCACUUUUGGCUGGUGAUGCAUUUGGUGUAUUUUAAAUCUGAGAUAGAUAAGUGUAAAUGCACUACAAAUUACACUUUGUAGGUUUAACUUUGUACUGACUAUAGCCUAUUUAAAAUUAGAUGCAGUUCAACAAGUGGCAGUGUGUUACACUUUGUUACGUAUAGGCCUAUUAUCAGGCCCUGUCAAAAUGCUACAGCAUAUAAAUGCUACAACACUGCUUCAGCUGAAAUAAAGUCAUGGUAACAGUUUACAAUAAGGUGCAUCAAUUUAACAGAUACGUACUCAAAUAAAUAAUAAUCUGUCUAUCAUUAUUAAACAUUUCUACAUUGUAUUGCUGCUUAGGAAUGUUGUAAGUAAUAAAAUAUUGAGACAAAAUUUAAGACAAAACAUUUUAAUGAUGUAUAAUGUCCUAACUAGUGUCAGUAAAUAAUAAGUUGAGACAUUAUUUCAUAUGCACCCUUAUUGUAAAGUGUUACCACAGUCAUUAAGUCAUUACCAAAGAGGGUAAAUAAAAGCUACCUUGGUUGACUUGGUCAACUGGAGGAUUAAAGAGAACCAGCCUAAUGUUUUUUUUUCCCUGUAGGCUAAUUUAACCCAUUCAUGUUAAACAUAUAUAUAUAAUAUAAUAAAGAAAAAUGCAAGUGAAUUCUUACUAUUCUUAUAGUUAAAUGUUGAGAAUCUAACACACUUAUAAUUAUUUCAUUUAUAAUUACAUGUAAUUUGCACACCCUUGGGAUUUUUUAAAGGAUUUUAUUAAAAAUAAAUACAUAUUAACGUUGCUCCGAGGCAAGAUCCCAUAACAAUUGGAUCAUAUUGUCAAUAUUUGUACAUAAAUGGGUGAAUAAGUUUGUUAGGAAUUUAAGAACUGUACAUUCACACUACAUGAUGCCUCUUGGUCAUAUGUAUUAAUGUAGCCUAUUUCUAAUAAAAAAUGUUAUAUAAACUGACGCAAAUAAUAAUUAUGAGACCCGUAGCCUUACUAUAGUCGCGUUUUACUGCGACACGAGCAGUAAUACGUUCAUAUUAAGACAUUUACCUAAAAUCGUUUUGUUUUAGUGUUGUUUUGCUUCCGUUAAUAAGAAUAAAACAUGUUUGAACUUGUUCCUUUAUGUACGUAAAAGGCAUUACUGUCACUGGAUGUUAAUAAAUAUUAUUUUGGUAUGA